GUAACUGAAUCACUCACUAUUUCUACUCGAAAGCCUUCUUCAUGCCGAUCAGUUACUGUGUUUCGGCAAAGAAGGCAUCCGUUGUCGUAGAAUCUGUUGUCGGAAACUUCACAGGACACGAAAAUGUUAACUUGAUUGUGGCUCGUGGAAAUCGCAUUGAUGUUCAACUAGUUUCACCGGAAGGACUCAAAAAUGUCUGCGAGAUCCCAAUCUACGGCCAAGUGUUGACAAUUGCACUUGUAAAAUGUAAACGCGAUAAGCGUCAUUCAUUGAUUGUUGUCACCGAAAAAUGGCACAUGGCAAUUUUGGCGUAUCGCGACGGAAAAGUUGUGACUCGUGCUGCUGGAUGUAUUGCUGAUCCGACUGGAAGAGCGACUGACAAUUUAUUCAGUCUAACGAUUCAUCGAAACGGACUCAUCGCUAUUCGAGCUUUCGAGGGUAGUGUCAAAAUGAUUCAAUGGGAAUCUGGUACUGAUCUACGUCAUUUCAAUGUUAGAUUUGAUUAUCCAAAUGUCUCAGACUUCAAGUUUGUUGACACUGGAGAAGAUGAUGUAUACCGAGUUGCCUUCAUCUAUGACGACGAUCACGGAAAACAUCUUCAAUUUUCCGAUCUUAACAUGCAUGACAAGGAAUUCCGUACCUAUUCCAGACAAGCCAGUAUUGCUGCUGAUUCUUCGGUUUUAAUUCCAGUUCCUCAUGCUAUUGGAGGUGUUAUAGUUCUCGGAUCGAACUCUGUCCUAUACAAGCCAAACGACAACCUCGGAGAAGUAGUUCCAUACACUUGCUCUUUGCUCGAGAACACAACAUUCACAUGCCACGGAAUCGUUGAUGCUUCUGGUGAAAGAUUUCUUCUUUCCGAUACAGAUGGACGUCUUCUAAUGCUACUGUUGAAUGUAACUGAAAGUCAAUCAGGAUACACAGUUAAAGAAAUGCGUAUCGAUUAUCUUGGAGAAACUUCAAUUGCUGAUUCCAUCAAUUAUAUUGACAAUGGAGUAGUCUUUGUUGGUUCUCGACUCGGAGAUUCACAGCUUAUCAGGCUUAUGACUGAACCGAAUGGAGGAAGUUAUUCUGUGAUACUUGAAACCUACAGUAACAUUGGACCAAUUCGUGAUAUGGUUAUGGUAGAGUCUGAUGGACAACCACAACUUGUAACCUGUACUGGAGCUGACAAAGACGGAUCACUUCGUGUUAUUCGUAAUGGAAUCGGCAUCGAUGAAUUGGCUAGUGUUGAUUUGGCUGGAGUCGUCGGCAUAUUUCCCAUUCGUCUAGAUUCGAAUGCUGACAACUAUGUAAUUGUUUCACUUUCUGAUGAAACCCACGUUCUGCAAAUUACGGGAGAAGAGCUUGAAGAUGUGAAACUUUUGGAAAUCAACACAGAUUUGCCAACAAUUUUCGCGUCCACUUUGUUUGGUCCAAACGAUUCUGGAAUCAUUCUUCAAGCAACGGAAAAGCAGAUUCGACUUAUGUCUUCUUCGGGACUUUCCAAAUUUUGGGAACCAACAAACGGUGAAAUUAUUUCGAAAGUUUCUGUGAAUGCAGCCAACGGACAAAUUGUUCUCGCAGCUAGAGAUACAGUAUACCUUCUCACUUGUAUUGUUGAUGAAAUGGGUGCUCUCGACAUUCAAUUGACUGCUGAAAAGAAGUUUGAAAACGAAAUUGCAUGUUUGGACCUUUCGAAUGAAGGAGACGAUCCUAACAAUAAAGCAACCUUCUUGGUUUUAGCAUUUUGGAGUACAUUUGCGAUGGAAGUAAUUCAGCUACCUGAUCUUAUAACUGUGUGCCACACGGAUCUUCCAACAAAGAUCAUUCCUCGUUCGAUCAUUGCAACAUGCAUAGAAGAAGUUCAUUAUCUUCUUGUUGCUUUCGGAGACGGUGCACUUGUUUAUUAUGUGUUUGAUAUCAAAACAGGAACACACGGUGAACCAAAAAAGUCAAAUGUCGGAACACGACCACCGAGUCUUCAUCGUGUACGCAACAAGAAUCGACAACACUUGUUCGUCUGUUCUGAUCGUCCAGUGAUCAUCUUCUCGGCCAGCAAAAAGCUUGUCUUCUCCAAUGUUAAUGUUAAACUCGUCGAUACUGUGUGCUCGCUGAGUUCCAGCGCCUAUCGAGAUUGUUUGGUCAUUUCGGAUGGAAAUUCGAUGGUUUUUGGCACAGUUGACGAUAUUCAGAAGAUCCACGUUCGCUCGAUUCCAAUGGGAGAAUCUGUUCUUCGUAUUGCAUAUCAAAAGAGCACAAGUACAUAUGGAGUCUGCUCGAAUCGAACUGAAUCGAAGGCUGAACGAGUUUUUGCUUCGAAAAAUGCACUUGUCACUUCUCAAAGUCGACCAAAAGUUGCAUCCACCCGAGCUGACAUGGAUGAAAGUCCUCCAAAUACCACAAGCAGUUUUAUGGUUCUCGAUCAAAACACAUUUCAAGUACUUCAUUCACAUGAAUUCGGACCAUGGGAAACUGCGUUGAGUUGCAUCUCUGGACAAUUCACAAACGACUCGAGCACCUACUACGUUGUUGGAACUGGUCUUAUCUAUCCAGACGAAACAGAGACGAAGAUCGGUAGAAUCGUGGUAUUUGAAGUUGACGACGUGGAAAGAUCGAAACUUCGACGUGUACAUGAAUUGGUUGUUCGUGGAAGUCCUUUAGCUAUUCGAAUUCUGAAUGGAAAAUUGGUUGCUGCAAUUAAUAGCUCAAUUAGACUAUUCGAAUGGACAACUGAUAAGGAACUUCGACUGGAAUGCAGUAGCUUCAAUCAUGUCAUUGCACUUGAUCUUAAAGUUAUGAAUGAAGAGGUUGCAGUGGCUGAUGUGAUGAGAUCUGUCUCUCUUCUCUCGUACAGAAUGCUGGAAGGAAAUUUUGAGGAAGUUGCUAAAGAUUGGAAUAGUCAAUGGAUGGUUACUUGCGAGUUCAUCACAGCUGAAUCAAUCCUUGGAGGAGAAGCUCAUCUGAAUCUGUUCACUGUAGAAGUUGAUAAAACCCGUCCGAUUACUGAUGAUGGUCGAUAUGUGUUGGAACCAACUGGAUAUUGGUAUCUCGGAGAGCUUCCAAAAGUCAUGACAAGAUCGACUCUUGUCAUUCAACCAGAAGAUAGUAUUAUCCAGUACAGUCAACCAAUCAUGUUUGGAACAAAUCAGGGAACAAUUGGAAUGAUUGUGCAGAUUGAUGACAAAUGGAAAAAGUUUUUGAUUGCAAUUGAAAAGGCUAUCGCAGAUUCCGUUAAAAACUGCAUGCACAUUGAACAUUCCAGUUACAGAACUUUUGUGUUCCAGAAAAGAGCGGAACCGCCAUCCGGAUUCGUCGAUGGAGAUCUCGUUGAAUCGAUUCUCGACAUGGAUCGUUCUGUUGCAAUGGAUAUCUUGAGUAAAGUAUCUGACAAAGGAUGGGAUCCAAGUCUGCCAAGAGAUCCAGUUGAAAUUCUCAAAGUCAUCGAGGAUUUGGCGAGAAUGCACUGAUUAUCGUCUCGACUAUCAUUCCAAUUACUGUACCAUGAUUCUCGGUUAUCAAAAUCUCGAGUGAUGAUCAUUAACUCGAUUUGUAAUAUUAAUUCAAAUUUGAUUUGGAUUCCUUUUUUCGUUUUUUUUAUAAGUUGUUAUGAUUUUUUUACGCUAGCUUAAAUCUUUGUGUCUGACUUUGAAUAAAUUGAGUAAGUUUUUCGGAUUUUUUGGAAACAGGUUGAACAAAAGAAUUUCAGUAAAGUUUGAAAUCCUAGUAAAUUGGUUUUGUUGUUGUUUUUGUUCUACCUUUUCCCCCCAAAUUGUUUUUUUCUUCUUUCUUUUCCUCUUUCUUUUCUUUUUUCUAACCCUCUAUCUCGUUUUGUGUCUAUCGAAAUAAAACCUAAUUUGUG